AUGACCUCAGGUCAGCUCAAACCUUCAAAAUUGCCAGAAACCCCUGGCUCUCUGAUGCUCGUUAUCAGUCCAGUUGUACACUUUAGUACUUUGGAUAUAGAUCAGGAUGCAGAGGAAGCAGUCAAGACAGAAGGUUCAGAAGUAUUUGAUGCUGUUGAAGUUAAAUUGGAAGAAUCUGAAGAUAUGAAGAAUGGGGCUCUAGAACUGGAUGAUCAUAUCCAAUCUUCAGAUCCAGAGGAUGAUAUACCACUGAAAGUAAUCAAGAGUGAGUCGGAGAGAAAAAUCAGACGAAAGAAGAGAGUCAGAGUUAGAAGAGAAAAACCAGAAGACAUUAAAACAACGUUCAAAGUGGACGCUCAUGAGAUUAUUCUAUCAAAAGAGGAGCAGGUGGCCAGUAUGAUAGCCAGGUCCAAGACUUUGAACUAUAUUCUGUCGCCGUACAAAUGUGAGCUGUGCUACAAAGGAUUCGUGGACACCAAGGCUUAUGAGAACCAUAAGGUCAAACACGAUGAGCGCAGCGGCAGUCACUCAUGCGAGAUAUGCCGAAUGCGCUACCGCUCCGCUCAACUCCUGCGCACCCACGCCGUCACAGCGCAUUCGCGUCUAUUCAAGUGCAAUAAGUGUGGACAUACUACACAUACUGCUAACCAGGCAAGAGUGCAUGAGAAGUGGCACAGCGGGUUCACAUACGAAUGUCAAUUGUGUGGACAUAAAUUCAGGAAACCAACUUCGUACCUAUCCCAUAUGAGGAAGCGCCACCCGACGGAGCAUGUGUGCAACGUUUGUGGGGAGAGCUUCGUGGGCAAGCACGGACUGCAAAUGCACAAGAGUAAGAGUCACAGGAACGAUGUUCUGGUGAAAGAGACCUGCGAGGAGUCAGAAGCUGAUAGAUACUGUACCGAAUGUGAUAUCCAGUUCUUCACCAGGGAGGCUUGGAAGAGACAUAUACUGUGUUCAGUAAAACAUACCCUGAAAAAUGAAACUAGUUCCGAGUGCGCGAUCUGCGGGUGGCGCGGGUCGAGCGCGGCGCUGGGCGUGCACCUGCGCGCGCACGCCCGCUCGCUGCGCCCCACGCGACCUGCGCACGCGCACGACCACCACCACGACCACUGUCGCUGUCCACAGUGCGGGUUGAACUUCAUGAGCAGAUCGAAGCUGCAAGGUCACAUCAACAGAAUACAUUUAGGUCUCAAAUACAACAAGAAUAUUGUGUGUGAAGUUUGCGGGAAACAUUGUACGUCCAACGCGACUCUGAAAUACCAUCAGCGAACCCACACAGGCGAACGGCCGUACUCAUGCACGGUGUGCUCUAAACAGUUCACGGACAGCAACCAGCUGAGGAUACACACACGAACCCACACCGGCGAGAAGCCUUACGAGUGUGCGGUGUGUGGGAAGAGAUUCAGUCAGAAGCCAGCCUUGAAUAGACAUUAUAGGGUACAUACUGGUGAUAAGCCGUAUGGAUGUCAAUACUGCUCAAGAACUUUCAGCCAAUCCAAUUCUCUGAAACUUCACGUCCGAACAGUACAUUUGAAACUACCCGCAAAUAGCAGAAAGAAGUUACAAGAGAAGGGACAAGAAGAAUGUGAAAAGAAUGAUCAGAAACUCCUUGUUAUAACUCAGACACAGGAAACGGUAUCAUGA